AUGCUUCUCCUUUCCCAGCUGUGCAUAAACAGAUACACCUUGUCAGCUUUCAAAGGCGCCAAACAUUUCAUUGCCAGAUCUCCUCCAGCUGUUUCCCCAAAAGCAAGCCGCCUCUCCAAUGAAAGGAGCAGGCUCGCCAAGCCAGCGUGGACAGUAUUAUUCCUCCGAUCAGAAGAGAAAGACCGCGCGGGAAGGAGAGACGGCGCGCCUCGUGGUAGCAAAGCCGCUUGCCAAGAAGCAGCCCACCUCCUUUUUUUUGACCCGCUCCGGCCCAAGAGGCUCCGGGCCAUCGGGACCCCCGCCGCCCAGCAGCGGGCCUUCCCUCAUCUCUCGCGCUCCUCGCUCGCUCCCUCGCCCGGGCGCUCGUGGUCCGGUGCUCGAGCCGGUGGGGGAAGGGUGGGGGCUCGAAGGCGCGCGCGAGGAGGAAACUACGACAGUGCUCGGCCGGCAAUAGGCGGGAAGUGGGGCGUCUCGAGAGAUGGGGCGGGGCUUGCCCAUCGUGCUCGGGAGUCCCCGCCGCAGCAUCAUCUCGCGCCCCACCCCCUUCCCAUUCCCUCCCUGGCAGCCAAGGUCUCCCUUGCCCGUCUCGAACUUGCUACGGGAAAUGACGCGCCACCUAGGAGAGGCAUCUCCGGCCAAUCGCGGGAAGGACCACAGCCCAGAGGCCAAUCAGUCGCCGCCAAAUGGGCGGCGCUUCUCGGACAUUCAGGGGGCCCUGUGGUGAAGGGGGCAGAAUGUCAGACCCAGCGUGAUACUUACCUUCCAAAGUCCAGAAUGUUCCAGUUAACCCUGUGUUCCAGCCGAGUCUGGUAGCUUCGUGAGCUACAUCGCCAACAGCG